UGGCCCCUCCGCCAAUUUUGGGACCUUAGGGAUGGUACCUGUUGUCCGUAGUCGCGUGUGCUACGAAGGUACUGUAACUUAUUACGUGUUCCUUAAGGUCUCCGACUGCCCGCGAUGGAAAAACCCUUCACCUCGCGCAAACAGCUCAUGUGAGAUUGAUUUACAAGAUAAACAGGACAACUUUCCUCUCAGUAGACGUCGCGACUCGCCAGCAAAUUCAACGCUUCCUCUAGAAGGGGGUGGGUGGGAUGUUUGUGGAUGUGGUCAUCCAGCCAGGCCCGGGUCGCCAGAGAGAGCGCGACCGUCCAAACGGCGAUGUCCUCCCGUUGACCGCCUCCUUCUCAACUGUCCGCACGGAGAGAGAAUCUCGGCCCGACUGCACGUACUUGUCAUUGACCGAAACGUCCCGAAGACCUGUCCGACUGAAACCCGACCGACAAGGAGACACCACAGCCACGUAAGGACCAGACACAAGUGGACACAUCGGAGCACCUCGCUGGCGAGACCGCUAAAUCAUACCCGCUCGCUCCCUGCACGACCAGAGAAGUUUACAGAGACUACAGGUAAGAUGGCUCCCCAAAUCCAGGUGGAAAAUGUCCAACACCAACAAGUAAACGAACCCCCGAGGCGGCACUUUUCAAAGUUUCCUCGGCUAGUUAGCUGCAGCUUCGCUCCGCCUGAUAGCGAGAGGGGAAAAUUUCUGUCCGUAAAGGAGUUGUUUUGUGAUGGGAUGCCGCCGACAUCCACGUACAAGAAGGAGCGUUUAUGUUUAUAUAUUUAACAAUCAACGAUAGCGUUAACUGUGUACUAAAACAUUAAGGGGAGGUAUUCCUCCUAGAAGCUAACGCGUUUUUAGCAGACUUAAAAGAUAUAAGGACAGUAUUCGUCGUAAGAAUGGAAAAAUGGUAAUAACAAUAUAUUUUGACAAACAAUUAAAAAUAUGGAAAUAGUAUCUUGUAGAGAGACGUUUUUAAAAGCGUCAUCACUUCAAUGUUCGAAGGC